AUGGGAGAGCAUAAUCUUCUUAAUCCUGGCUUUGUGGGACCUCUGGUCAAUAUUCACACCGGGGACACCUUUUAUUUCCCAAAUUUCAGGACAUCUGGAGGCCAGUUACCUGGCCUGCCCUCUCUCUCUUACCCAAGGAGGGACAACGUGUGCUCUUUGCCCUGGGCAUCCACAGAGCCCUGCAAUGGAUACCCUCAGCCCUAUCUCAGCAGCCCCGUCUCCAUUAACCCUUCGUUCAGCAGAGCCUGUGAUCUGGCCCGGGUGGAGGAGACCAAGUGCUAUUACCGGGAGGCGUGCCCGGAGACCCCGAGCCUGAAGAGAGAGGAUCGCUUGAGGGAUAACGUGCUGAUGCCCCUGGAUAGCGGGAUCUCUAACGGCAUGAACAGCAGCAGCUUCCAUAAAUACGACUACAGUGUUGCAGAGCCAGUCCCCCACGACCCGCAGUCCUGCCAGUCCCUGGAGUCGGAUUCCAGCUCGUCUCUCAUCAAUGAAGGAGCUCCCAAGACUCAGAGCGAAGCGGUGACAAUGGCUUCCCCGGGCAACCCAGCCAGCAGCCUCCCUGCCACUGGAGCCCCAUGGUACCCCAUGCACACCAGAUCUCGAAAGAAGAGGAAACCAUACUCCAAACUGCAGCUAGCAGAACUGGAAGGAGAGUUUAUGGUCAAUGAAUUUAUCACCAGACAGCGGAGGAGAGAACUAUCUGACCGACUGAGUCUCAGUGACCAGCAGGUGAAGAUCUGGUUCCAGAACCGGAGGAUGAAGAAGAAGAGACUCCUCAUGAGAGAGCAGGCCAUGUCUUUUUUCUAG